AUGAAUGAAAAUGUUAUAGUUUGUAUUAGACCAAGACCAUUUUCAGAAACAGAGAUUAAAGGUGGUGAACAUUGUUUAUGGCAAUUAAAAGAAAGUACAAUUUCUUCAUUACCUCCACCAUCUACAGCUAUCAAUGCAACACCGAUUAAAUCAUCAUUAAAAACUCCAAUUAAACCAUCCUCUGCUUCUUCUUCAGCAACACCAUUAAAAACACCGAUUAAAUUCUCAUCCACAGCAUCAUCUGUACAAACACCACUAAAAACUCCAAUUAAAGCAACAUCCACCUCCACCUCAGCAACUACAUCUAAAUUUAUACCAAAUAGCUAUACAUACGAUAAUGUUUUUACAACAGAAUCUGAUAAUUAUGAUAUUUAUAAUGCAGUAAAGCCAAUGAUAGUUUCAGCAAUGAAUGGUUAUAAUUGUACAAUUUUUGCAUAUGGUCAAACUUCAUCAGGUAAAACCUUUACAAUGAAAGGUACAGGUAAAAAGAACCCAGGUAUAAUACCAUUAUCAAUUCAAGACGUUUUUACAUAUAUUCAACAAACAGACGAAAGAGAAUUUCUUUUAAGAGUAUCAUAUAUGGAAAUUUAUAAUGAAGUUAUUAACGAUUUAUUAGCACCAGAAAACAUUAAUUUGAAAACAUAUGAAAAUUCGACACAAGGUAUUUAUGUUGGUGGGUUAAAGGAAGAAAUUGUUUUAUCAUUAGAUCAUGUCAUAUCAUUAAUCUCUGCAGGUGAAGCUCAUAGACAUGUUGGUUCUACAUCAUAUAAUUUGCAAAGUUCUAGAUCACAUACAAUAUUUAGAAUGAUAAUCGAAAGUAAAGAUGUUAAUGCAUCAGAAGCUCAACCAGUUAGAUUUAGUGUUUUAAAUCUUAUAGAUUUAGCAGGUAGUGAAAAAGCAAGUGAAGGUGUCAAUGCAGUUAGAAAUAAGGAGGGUUCAUAUAUCAAUAAAAGUUUGUUAACACUUGGAACAGUUAUCAGUAAACUUAGCGAAAAUGCAACAGGACACAUUCCAUAUCGUGACAGUAAACUAACAAGAAUUCUUCAAAAUUCACUUAGUGGUAAUUCAAGAGUGGCCAUGAUUUGCACAAUUACAUUAGCAUCAAACAAUUUCGAAGAGACACACAAUACAUUAAAGUUUGCAAGUAGAGCUAAAAAGAUUGAAAACAAUGCACAACGUAAUGAAAUUAUAGAUGACAAAGCAUUGUUGAAACAAUAUAGACACGAAAUUGCAGAGUUAAAACUAAAACUAUCAGAGGCACUAACGACCGAAAAGGAUUUAAGCGAAUUACAAUCCGAAAAAGAAAAGAUUAAAUCAACAAAUGAAGAACUAUCUCAAAAACUUUUAGAAGCUGAAAAACACAGAACCCAUUUAGAAGCUAAAAUUAAUAACCUUAAUAAAUUAAUUUUGGUAUCAACCUCAAUAAACAACAACAAUCCAAAGAGUAAAUCAGCAUUUGUAUCACCUAGUCCAAAUACAUCAGCUGAUCAUGGUAGUUUGACACCCAGCUCAUUUAAUAACUUUUUACACUCGAUUCACUCACCAUCACCAAGCAAUAACAACACACCAACAAUUAAUGGAUUAUCACAUUCACACAGCAAUAUAGCAUUUACUAACAAUAAUGGUGCAGAGCAACAAGAAAUAAUACAAAUUCAAAGUAAAAUGGCGAAAUUAGAAAUUGAACUCGAGGAAAAAAAUAAAAAAAUUGAAUUUUUGCAAACUUUAAAUCAAGAUUCAGCUUUAGAGAAAAUUAAACAAUUGGAAGGUGAAAUGGUUCAACGAGACAUGGAUAUUGCCUUAUACCAAAAAGAAUCAACCAGACUCCAAGACACACUCACUGUGAAAGAAGAAAAAAUAAACCUGUUGGAAUUAAAACUAAAAGAAAUUUUAAUCAAAUUUAAACAAAUGGAAUCUGAAAACUCAACCUUAAAAAAUAAGGUAAAACAAUAUGAAGAGGAAAUGUAUUAAAUAAAUUAUAAUAAAAAUCUUAAUAAAAUAUUAAACGCAACU